CGGCUGCUAUGGCCGCUUGUGUGGGUCUUAAAAUUGACUAUUAGCAAGCAGUUAUUUGCAAAAUUGACAUUUACAGUAGUAAAGCUGUUAUUACCGACGCCUAUUGAUCCGGUGUGAGAUAGUUGAGACAACAGCAGCUCACCAACACUACUAACAGUACGAGGAACUGAUAGCACUUAAAAAUGAGGACCGUUUUGAUGGUGGCAGAGAAACCAUCACUGGCUCAGUCGAUUUCCAAAAUCCUCUCUAAAGGAACCUGUGCAAGUCGCAAAGGGCUCAAUGGAGCAUGCUCGGUGCACGAAUACUCAGGCAGCUUCCAGGGCCAAUCUGUACGCUUUAAAAUGACUUCUGUUUGUGGACAUGUCAUGAGUCUGGAUUUCAUUGGGAAAUACAACAACUGGGACAAGGUGGACCCUGCAGAACUCUUCAGCAAAGCGCCCACAGAAAAGAAGGAAGCCAACCCCAAACUCAACAUGGUCAAGUUCCUCCAGGUGGAAGCACGAGGCUGUGACUACGUGGUUUUAUGGUUGGACUGUGAUAAAGAAGGCGAGAACAUCUGUUUUGAGGUAUUGGAUGCCAUCCAGCCAGUGAUGAACAAGGGGAGUGUGAGGGAGCGGAGUGUUUACCGUGCCAAAUUCAGCUCCAUUACUGACACUGACAUCUGGAAUGCCAUGAACUGCCUGGGAGAGCCCAACUGCAAUGAAGCACUGUCAGUGGACGCACGACAGGAGCUGGAUCUGCGCAUCGGUUGUGCAUUCACCCGGUUCCAGACAAAGUAUUUUCAGGGCAAAUACGGCAAUCUAGACUCCUCCUUGAUCUCAUUUGGACCAUGCCAGACCCCCACACUAGGCUUCUGUGUGGAACGCCAUGACAAAAUCCAGUCCUUCAAACCAGAGACUUACUGGAUCAUCCAAGCGAAGGUGUUCAAAGGAAAGGACAGCCCACUGACACUGGACUGGAACAGGGUGAGGGUCUUCGACAGAGAGGUGGGUCAGAUGUUUGUCAACCUGGCCAAGACAUCCAGGGAGGCCCAGGUGGAGUCAGUGAGUAAGAAAGAGAAGACCAAGCAGAGGCCCCAGGCCUUGAACACAGUGGAGAUGUUGAGAGUGGCCAGCUCUGCUUUAGGCAUGGGACCCCAGCAUACCAUGCAGAUUGCAGAGCGCCUGUACACACAGGGCUACAUCAGCUACCCACGUACUGAGACAACCCACUACCCAGAGAACUUUGACCUUAAAGGAACACUGAAGCAGCAGACCAACAAUAUAAUAUGGGCAGAAGAGGUGAAGGCUCUGCUUUUAACUGGAUUAAACCGACCCAGGAAAGGAACUGAUGCUGGAGACCAUCCACCUAUCACUCCCAUGCGAGCUGCCUCAGAAGGAGAACUGGGCAGCGAUGGUUGGCGGCUGUAUGAGUACAUCACACGACAUUUCAUUGCCACUGUCAGUCAGGACUGCAAGUACCUACAGACCACCAUUGAGUUCAGCAUUGGCCCAGAGGCCUUCUCCUGUAGUGGCAAAACCCUGAUAUCACCAGGGUACACAGCACUGAUGCCCUGGCAGGGUAUCCCUCUGGAAGAGGCCAUGCCAGACUGUGAGCGUGGCGACAUUUUCACAGUAGACGAGAUCAAGCUGGUGGAAAAGCAAACCAGCCCCCCAGAUUACCUCACCGAGGCCGAACUCAUCACCCUCAUGGAGAAACAUGGCAUUGGUACUGAUGCCAGCAUCCCUGUCCACAUCAACAACAUCUGCCAGAGGAACUAUGUUACAAUAGAAAAUGGACGCAAGUUGAAGCCAACCAACCUGGGCAUUGUCCUGGUGCAUGGCUACCACAAGAUAGACUCAGAGCUGGUUCUGCCCACCAUACGCAGUGCUGUAGAGAAGCAACUGAACCUUAUUGCACAGGGUAAAGCCAACUACCAACAGGUGUUGCAGCAUACACUGGAUAUCUUCAAGAGGAAGUUUCACUUCUUUGUGGAUUCCAUCACCAGCAUGGAUGAGUUGAUGGAGGUCUCCUUUUCUCCCAUUGCUGCCUCAGGAAAGCCCCUGUCUCGCUGUGGCAAGUGCCACCGCUUCAUGAAGUACAUUCAGGCCAAGCCCAGCAGGCUCCAUUGCUCCCACUGUGACGAGACCUACAGUCUUCCACAGAAUGGAGCCAUCAAGCUGUACAAGGAGCUGCGCUGUCCACUGGAUGAGUUUGAGCUUGUGCUGUGGACCUCUGGGGCUCGGGGCAAGAGCUACCCCCUGUGCCCUUACUGCUUUAGCAACCCGCCUUUUAGGGACAUGAAAAAAGGUAUGGGAUGCAAUGAAUGUACUCAUCCGUCCUGUCAGCACUCUCUCAACUCUUUGGGCAUUGGACAGUGUGUGGAGUGUGAUGGUGGAGUCUUAGUGCUGGAUCCCACCUCUGGACCAAAAUGGAGAAUGGCCUGUAAUAAAUGCAACGUGGUGGUACACUUCUUUGAACAUGCACACAGAGUGCAGGUUGCUCAGGAGACCUGCGAUGCCUGCGACGCCUCUCUGGUCGCAGUUGACUUCAACAAGACACGCACUCCACUUCCUGCCAGCGAGACCCAACACACCGGCUGUGUUUUCUGUGAUCCGGUUUUCCAGGAUCUGGUGGAGCUUAAACAUGCCACCAUGAGGCACUUCAUGCAUCGGGGUGGGGGUGCAAGACGAGGAGGACGGGGACGAGGCAGGGGACGGCGUGGCAAUCCUAAAAAACCUAAAGACAAAAUGGCUGCCCUGGCAGCAUAUUUCGUAUAGUGUCUGUAUAUAGUGCGUCCUGUUAUUUGCUUGACAGAAUAUGAAGAUGUUUUUACAUGUUUAAUUACAUUGAAGUAAAACAUGUAUUUAAAAAAA